CAGGUGGAGCCGAGCCGGCGGCGGGAGCACCUGGAGAGCGCCCGGAGGCACCUGUGCCGCUUCCUGGAGCUGUGCCGCUCCUACGGGCUGAGCGGAGCCCCGCCGCCUCCCGCCACCCCCCGGGAGGACGGCGAGCCGGGCAGCGCCGCGCAGAGCAGCCUGCUGGUCAUGGCCUCCAGCCGGCAGGCCAAGAUCGAGAGAUAUAAGCAGAAAAAGGAACUGGAGAACAAGUUGGCCUCUCUGAGAACCUUUGUGGAGAGUGGGCAGGCAGAUGAGGAGCAAGUACGGGAGCUGUAUCUGCUGCAGGCCCAGAAAUGGAUCAACAUCAGCUUUGAGGAAAUUGAGAGCAUCGACCAGGAAAUGGUCAUCUUGAAGAGCAGAGAUACAAUGAAGCAGUCUUCAGCACCAACACACGGUCCUUCUCGACAAGUCAGGACUCCAUUGAAACCUUUCAUUCUUACCCGGGAUGCAGUUCAGGCUAAAGUGUUUGGUGCUGGAUAUCCUGGCCUGCCAACUAUGACUGUAAACGACUGGUAUGAUCAGAAGAAAAGGGAAGAAGCAGCGCGUGGUCAGACUGCACCUCAGAGGCCACCAACAGGCACAAAUGACGAAGAGUUGCAGAAGGAGCAGCAGGAGAAAAUAAAGGAGGAGGAUGAUGAGGAAGCUCUUCAAAAAGCUCGGGACUGGGAUGACUGGAAAGAUACACACCCAAGAGGCUAUGGCAACCGGCAGAACAUGGGCUGAUGCUCCAGCAGCAGAAAGAGCAGGGCCUGGAAAUCCUGUAAGAGUUGCCUAUGUCUUGCAGACAUAGGAGUAAAUACACUGUACAUAUGCAGAGGUAUCCUUGGCUUCUCUGGGAGUCACUGGAGUCAGAGGAGUGAACGUGACAAUUUGCUUUGGUUUACAUGAAACGUCAGGCUGAGAGUGUGCUUGUAAUGUGCAGUGACACCACAGAGCUCCUGACAGCAGGCACUGCGUGGUGGGUCAGGCUGCCUCUGCCCUCCCAGUCAGAGGAAGUCCUUGAAAGAAAAGUACCUGAGUUUGGAAACCGCUCUUUGUAUUGUUGGUGGAUGUAUUUAUUUUUUCCUCUAUAUUUUAAACAAAAUAAAAUCUCUUGUGUUGCCUAGUU